GGAGACGAUCGCAGUGUCCCUGCAAUGUUACGAGUAACCUGAUGCAAUUGUAACUCGACGGUUGGAUUGAUAGACAAUUCAGAAUAUAAUACGCGUUGAAAGGGUGAAAAAAUGGACGAGGCAAUCAUCGACUCGAUAUUCGCGGGAUCUUUGAAGUCCCUGCCAGCGGUUAGCUCCAAAAUUGUGAGAAUAUUCACCAGCUCGACUUUCACCGACACGACGAUGGAACGGAACACAUUAAUGGCUCAGUGUUACCCUAAACUGAAGGACUACUGCAGAGAGAAACACGGAUUAGAAUUUCAGGUGGUUGAUAUGAGAUGGGGUGUAAGGGAUGAAGCCACCGACGAUCACAUGACCACGGAACUCUGUAUGAGGGAGAUUGAAAAUUGUCAGAGACUCUCGAUGGGACCGAAUUUUGUGGUGUUUCUAGGACAGAAAUACGGGUAUCGUCCUAUUCCAACAUACGUGCUUAGCUCUGAAUUGGAGAUGCUGCACAGCGACUUGGAAGCUCAGGGAAUGGACGUGAGUCUUCUGGAUAAAUGGUACAAAAAGGAUAGCAACGCGGUACCACCAACGAGUAUUUUACAACCGAUAUCGUCGAUUCUGAAGAAUUUUAACAAUAAAAGAAUACCAAAGCUACAGCAGGAGGAUCAGGCCAUUUGGUGGGACACCAUGGUGAAAAUGCAGAAACUGUUCAGAAAGGGAGCACAGUCAUUGUACAACUCGGGGAAAUUCGACAAAGACACGAUGCAUAAUUAUUUCAUGUCCGUUACCGAGAGAGAAGUAAUCAAUGGCGUUUUGAACGUUAAAAACACGAAGAAUCACUGUUUGGCGUACGUACGAUACAUAAACAAUAUCAAUCUUCAGAAUUUGAGAAAGGCUAGUCUGUUCAUAGAUAUACUGAAUCGAAGCUUGGACAACGAGGCCUGCAAGUUGUUGGCGAAUUUAAGGGACGAGAGGCUACCGGACAAGAUCGAAAGUACCAAUUUGGAGAGAUACACCGUGGAGUGGAUUGGCCGGGAAGGUUUAGACCCAGAAACGCACAGCGAGUACCUCCAACACUUCAUAACGCACUUUUAUCGAAACAUAGUGAAGUUGGUGGACCGAGCUAUGAGAAAAGAGGACAGCUCUGCACAGGGUCAAAUCAUAACAGAGAUGUUGCAGCAUCUCCACGCUUGCAACAAUUCCGUCAAGGUGUUUUAUGGCCGAGAAGACACUCUGGUGACGAUCAAGGAGUACAUGCUGGGCAACAGCGACAAGCCUUUGGUUUUGUACGGGGAAGGAGGAUGCGGGAAGACGUCUUUAUUAGCGAAAAGUGCAGGUCUCACGAGCGGUACGUGGCUCACUGGGAAGAGACCAAUCAACAUAAUCCGAUUUCUUGGCACCACUCCAGACAGCAGUGCCCUGACACCUACGCUGAUAUCCAUUUGUCAGCAAAUUUCCUACAACUUCAUGUUGCCCUUUGAAGAAAUCCCCGACGAUCUGGUGCCACUGACAGCUUACUUUAAAUAUUUGCUGACUUUGGCCACGGUAGAGCAACCGAUUUUGUUAUUCUUGGACAGCGUCGACCAACUGACGGGGGUGCAGGGAAACAAAUUGUCGUGGCUGCCCACCAGACUUCCGACGAACUGCAAGAUGAUGCUGUCUUGCGCGGCGGAGAAAUCGAAUCCCGUGAUCUCUCGCGAUUAUCAGUUGCUACGCAGGAUGAUAGACACGGAGGAGAACUUUAUCGAGGUGGUUGCUCUCGGCGAGGAUCUAGCCAUGGAUGUAAUAAGGAUGUGGAUGAAAACGGCCCACAGAGACCUGAACAACUAUCAAUGGCGUCUGGUGGCUAACGCAAUAUCAAAGUGCUCUUUACCGAUUUUCGUCAAGCUGGUGUUCGCGGAGAUCUGCAGGUGGAGAAGCUACACGAAACCAGCGAACACUCACUUAACGAGCACCGUGAUGGACAGUAUAAUGAUGCUAUUCGAAAGGAUCGAGAAGCAACACGGUAAGAUUUUGGUGUUCCACGCGUUGGCGUACAUCACUGCCGCCAAGUCGGGCUUGUCGGAGUCGGAGCUCGAGGAUUUGAUCUCGUUGGACGACAAAGUGCUGGACGACGUGUACCAGUAUCAUUUGCCACCGGUGAGGCGGAUUCCACCUUUGCUGUGGACGAGGAUACGAAACGAUUUGCCCAACUAUUUGAGCGAAAGGGAAGCAGACGGGGUCAGUGUCCUCAACUGGUACCACAGACAAUUCAGAGACGCCGCCAAGGAAAGAUACUUCAAAAACAUGAACAUGGCCAUGUACUUCCAUUCGAUGAUUGCCGAUUACUAUCUGGGCAUUUGGGGAGGCGGACGCCCCAAACCGUUCAAGUACACUGAGAUUCAAAGGCACAGAUUCAACUUGGCAGACAAGGAAGGUGUGGCGGACAGGAAAGUACCCGAACAACCCCUGGCAUUCUACUCGAAAGAUUCCACCAUCACCAGAUACAAUUUAAGAAAGUUCGGCGAACUACCGUUCCACCUGGUCAGAUCGCGACGAUUCAACGAUCUUUUCGAGAACGUCCUCUUUAACUAUCAAUGGCUGCACGCCAAGCUCCGUUCUUGCCCGUUGCAAGCGGUGCUCGCCGAUUUCGAGGACGCGUGCACCUUCAUCGACAACCAGAGCAUCGUUAGAGAAUUGAUGCUGGUGGCUGACGCGCUCAGGUUGGGUGGCGCGAUUCUAGGCUCCCACCCGGACAUGCUUGCCCCCCAGCUAAUCGGGCGAUUACUGCCCGAAAUAGGGGGCAACGUGAACGUGAAAAUGUUGCUUCGAGCGUGCGACAACGACGGCGCCAAGGAUUGCGCUUUGCUUCCGGUUUAUCACUGUCUACACACACCCGGGGGACCCUUGAAAUAUUCGCUGGAGGGCCAUCAAUUCGCUGUGUUCGGGUUUUGCCUAACGUCGGACUAUCGAUACGUGGUCUCGAUAUCCAAUCGGUUCAUCACUUGGGAUCUGAGCACCAGCGACAUGGCCAGGGACGUUAAUCCCGGCGUACAGGGAAUUAUGCAACACCUAGUCCUGAGUCCCGACAACAGAUACGCCGCCGCGUUUACCACCAACAACCAGAGCGUCGUGUUGAACACUUUGACCAGCGAAUUCGUUAUUAUCGAUAAUCCCCUGCCGAACGACGAUCCAGUGUGCGGGGUUCAUCUGAUGAAUCAAUUUUUCUUUGUCUGCGGCAAGCUGGGGUGGUGUAGAUUCGAUUUACGAGGGAACUUGCUGGAGACUCACACGAACCCGGAGGACUCGAACAAGUGGCCGAUUUUGCACGUGGAACAUUCGAGUUUAGACGAUUACAGAGUGGUGUUUUGGUCUGGGAGUAUAGAAGAUACUAGAAUGCUUCUUCAUACGUACAGGAAGAAAGGAUCUUUGGAUCCUCUGCAUUUGCACAGCGUUCUGACGAUGACGAAGAACAAAACGGUUUUGUACACUUGUACGACCAAAACCGACAACCGAGUCACGAAGUACACCUGCGACGAGACGUCCUCGGAAUGGGAAAGGGUUUGCGACAUGCCCAGAGCCUUCAACGACGACGUCGAGUACUUGCUACAGUUGAAAUUGGACAGAGAGGAAGAGAUGCUUCUGGCUACGAGCGCAAACGGUUUUAUCGUUUGGUUCUUAGAGAGCAAAAGCGACGCGUGCAUCUUGAUGUUACCGAACGGGGUUCGAAACAUCAGCACGAGGAUGAUGUGCUCCAAUUCGAUAAUGGUCAGCAGUACAAAGAAUUACGCGGUCGCUGGUGUAAGGAAGAACUUGUACGUUUGGAAUCUAGAAACAACUGACCUGGUAAAAAUAUUAGACGCACACUUUGCUAGAAUCAUUCAGUUGGAAGCAUUGACCAUCGGGAAUUGGAACAGCGUAGUUACUUCGAGUAUCGACAGAAGCGUCAAAGUGUGGAAUAUAAAUAACAUUUUCGAACAAGUUCACGUGAUAGACAGACACGAGUUGCAGAUAGACAUGAUAAGUCUCGCGGAGGAAUGCAACUUAGCAGCUAUAGUCACCAGAGACUGUGUGGGGAUUUGGGACUUGCAUACAGGGAAGUUGAUUUCAAAAUUGGCGGACAGUCCUUUGGGGGCAAUCGUUACUCAUGCUUGCAUAACACACGAUGGGAAAUAUAUCGUUUCAACAGAAUCGGGCAACGUAUUGAUAUGGAACAGAAUUACAGAGCAAGUGUUGUUUAAAGAGGAACAACAAAACAUAAGACAGUUAACGUUGAUUGAUAAUUCGUCCAAGUUUAUAGCUGUUUCGAGACCUAAGAAUCCCGUUGGUGUAGAGAACAUGAAAACGGUUGCUACGCUUGUCAUAAGAGCGAUUCCGGAUGGAAAAACAAUAUUUUCGUUGGAGUAUCCGGUCAGAAGUCAAACAGGUACACCGUUCAGAAACGUUGUAGUCACAUCCGACAAUUCUUUCUUGAUUGCUCCGGCAGCGGAUAAGGGUAACAGAGAUUGUGUUAUAAUUUAUAAUGCAAAAACGGGUGCAUUGAUUAGCAAGGUUCCCGUAAAGUUGCCAGGAUUCAAAGAUAUUGUGUGCAUCACUCCCAUGCCAAAUAAACCACAAUGGGUAGGAAUAAUCGGGUUGGACAAAGGUAUUAUUUUAGAUAUAAACAAAAAGAAAAUUGUCCGUACAAUUCCGAAAUGGAGUGGAAAUGUUAGCAAAGAUGGAAAAUACACAUUAUAUGCACCCAGCAGGGGAGGUUUAGAGCUUCUAGAGUUAAAGAAAGGUGCCAGUGUAAUGACUUACAUUCCAAAAGUAGCAGAGGGAGUAUUCACUGUAAUAUCUAUGUUCAACCGUACGGAUGAAUAUGUUCUUUAUUAUCACAGUGGACGAAAAACUAUACGUGUAUUUAGAUCCGCGGAUUGUGAAAUGAUAGCAAAUUACAGAGUUCAAGCAGAAUUAAGUGCAAUUGAUAGCACUUAUGACGGUAAAAGCAUAGUUCUGGGUACAGUCGAUGGUUGUGUAUCUGUUUUAGCUAUAGUGGAUCCCAAAAAAGAAAAAAUGAAAGAGUAUGUUGCAGGCUUACCAUCUCGCGAUGAAGAUUGGAAAAAGAAAACUGAAAAGCAACGUGUGGCUAUUAAGUUUAAAGCUGCGGCUCGAAUUGCUCGAGUAACGCACGACUUAAGUGCGAUUAUACGAAGUUCGAACGUUUCGGAAACGAUUGAGGAGUUAGAUGAAAAUACUGAAUAA